AUGGGACAUUUACUUGCAACACAAACGACGACCACAACAACUGCAGUACCAGUUUUUCUGUUAAAUCCUGGAGGAGAGUCUGGUACAAUAAGUCCAUGGAGUUCUAGCAGCAGUUCUUCGCCCAUACUUGAUAAUGGAACAGCCAACGCUGGUAGUACUCCUCCGUACAAUGGUUCCUAUGAUUUUUAUGGAGAAUUUGGUGGAUCUUUGAGUCAACAAGUAUCUUUAACAAGCAUAUUUUCAACUGCACAACUUGAUUCAGGUUCAUUGUAUGCAUCGGUUUCAUUUCGGGAGAAGAGCGUAAACACAUCCCCACCUGAUACUGCUCAAGUAACUCUCAUUUUUCGUUCGGCUACAAAUAGUACUAUAUCUAAUGUAACUACUGGUCCAAUAGCAUGUGUAUCAGCUUGGUGCCUUGUACAAAAGUUUCCAUCUGAUGCUGUUCUUGUUGAUGCCAGUGAUGAUGGUUCAUCACCGAUGAAACAAAUGUAUAUUGGUCUGGUCGAUUUACAAGGGUAUGGUAAUCAUGAUUCUUAUGGCUCUUUAGUACGUGGUUAUGUAAAACACCAUAGUGUAGACAGUUAA